CUUAUAUCAAACACAUCUCACUGUUCGUUUGACAAUUAUCAAAUUCACAAAAUGACUAUCAGAAGUCCUCUUAAAUCUUAAAUUUGAUAAAUCAAAGGGAAUCGAGUGAACAAUAGAGUUGUACACUGGUAUUUUAAUGACCAAAAUCGCUGCAAAAGCAAAAGUGAACUGUCUCUCCUCGCAUUACGAAUUAAUUAAGAUCAGUUUCUUUGAAAUUGGACCAAAAAUGGCGUCGAUAACAAACUUCAAUGACUUGCUCAACUUCUCCAGGUGUUUCAUCUUGAGUUCCUGAGUGAUUGAGGGGAAAUGGUAUUUUCGUUGAUCAAUUCAGAAGCUGAAAUUUACUGGUUUUGGUAGAGGAAAGUUUAAAAAAAAAAAAAAAUGAAGGAUUUUGCUGGGACUCCAGGAACUGUGACCGCGCUUGCUUUGAGGAUUUCGCAGUGUAUUUUUGCGGCCGGCUCAAUUACUGCCAUGGCCACCACCUCCACUUUCUUCAAUUUCACUGCUUUCUGCUACCUAAUAGCUUCAAUGGGUUUACAAGUCAUAUGGAGCUUUGGACUUGCAUUAUUAGAUGCAUAUUCCUUGGCCCGGAAGAAGGUUCUGCACAACUCUAUCUUGGUCAGCCUUUUUGUAGUUGGAGACUGGGUAACGGCAACAUUGUCUCUUGCAGCAGCUUCCGCCUCAGCAGGCAUCACAGUGCUCUUGUUUCAUGAUGCUGGAAAUUGUGGUUAUUUGGGCGAAUGCCAACGGUACGAAGUGUCUGUGGCAUUGGCCUUUUUAAGCUGGAUAACCAUUGCAAUAUCAUCUCUGAUAAUGCUAUGGCUACUAGCGGCAGGUUAGACAAUUUCUUGCUUGUGAUAAAGAAUUUGUUUCUGAACACUAAAAAACCCAUGUGUCAUAGAAGUUUUCAUUAUUCUACAGUGUCAAUACGAAAAAGAAAUAGAAUUUGUUUCAAAUUUUACAUUCAUUUGGAUUCGGAUUUAUUCUUUUUCUAUUUUGCAACAAAAAGAAAUGGAUAGCUGAUUGUGAUCACUGAUCAAUAGAUGGAACUUCCACAACAUUGUAAUGUUUGAAUAGAAAGUAUUAUAAUUACAACAAGUUUACAUUUUCUUCCAAA